AUGGCAAUCCAUAAUCACAUCACUGUGUUUGCCAUUGUAUUAGCCCUUGGAGUUCUUGUCACCAUGCCAAGAGGUGGACAAUCAAUUGGAGUAUGUUAUGGCAGACUUGGUGAUAAUCUACCCCAACCAAGUGAAGUUGUAGCUCUCUACCAAUCCAAAAACAUUCCAGCCAUGAGACUCUAUGAUCCCUAUCCUCCUGUCCUUGAAGCUCUCAGUGGCUCAAAUAUUGAACUCGUCCUUGAUGUUCCCAAGGAAAACCUCGAAAGUUUUGCUUAUGAUGCUUCAGCAGCAAAUGAUUGGGUGCAAAGUAACAUUAUAUCUUAUUUCUCAAAUAUUAAAUUCAAGUACAUAGUAGUUGGCAAUGAAGUUAUUCCCGGAGACUUGGCACAGUAUGUCCUCCCAGCAAUGCAAAAUAUACACAAUGCAUUGACGUCAGCUGGCUUGCAAGAUCAUAUCAAGGUUUCAACUUCAGUUUCUACUGCAGUCCUAGGCACAUCAUACCCACCUUCAGCUGGGUUAUUUUCUUCUGCAGUAAUGUCAAAUUUAGGACCCAUCAUCCAAUUCUUAACUUCAAAUGGAUCACCUCUCUUAGUUAACGUGUACCCUUACUUCAGUUAUAUCAGCAACAAGGAUAGUAUUGAUAUAAACUAUGCUCUAUUUACAUCUUCAGGGACAGUGGUAACAGAUGGAUCGUUGAACUAUCAAAACUUGUUUGAUGCCAUAGUUGAUGCAAUAUAUUCAGCUUUAGAAAAGGCAGGUGGAUCUAGGGUGGGUAUUGUCAUAUCAGAGAGUGGUUGGCCUUCUGCUGACGGAGAUGCAGCAAGUGUAGAUAAUGCUAGGACUUAUAACCAAAACUUAAUCAAUCAUGUGGCGCAAGGAACACCAAAGAGACCUGGAGCUAUAGAGGCUUUCAUCUUUGCAAUAUUCAAUGAGAACCAGAAAUCACCAGAAUACGAGAAGCAUUUUGGACUUUUCAAUCCCGAUCAAACACCUGUGUACCCUAUUAAUUUCUAG